UUCGGUUUGGAAUUAAUUAAUCGACUUAGUUACAUUUUAGAAAGCAUGCGUCAGGCCUAAAGGGCAUACAUUCAUUUUGUCUAAACGAAGAAGAAUGCAAGUCUCAGUCUGUCAUCAAUUACUAAUGAUUACUCAUCAAUCCGCGUUUUUUGAAAAAGUCCAGAUAGACCUACUCACACAUUAUUGCUUCACCAUUAUUUUCUGGAAAACUUUAAGUUAAAAGCAAUGAAGUAAUUUCAAGUCUUAAAAUCGUUAAUGACUUUUUACUUUUACAAGAAUAACGUUUUUUUGGUGGCAAUUCUACUACUACUUGAGGACAGCUUUCUUAAAGUUAUCCGAACCCCCAGCACCAGUCAUCGCAUCCAGGUCGACCUGUCAAAAGAACUUAAAGUCAGAGUGCACUCCUUGUUGAACGGUCCAUGCACCAAGUACACGGAAGUCAAGAGCACGCGUUACGCAGAAGUGGUCAGAUCACCUGGUCGGGGUAGUGCUGUGGUGCAGCGGCUGGGCUGUGUGUUCCACAGGAUGGAGUACACUGAGUGUACGUGGGAACAAGCCAACCACACCUCACUGCACCGCCUCUACUACUGGUACGUUGACUCUGGGGCCACCCAGGAAUGUCCCGAAUACAUCUUCCAUGACGACGUCCGCAGAGGAUGCAGGUUCACUAGGGGCCAGCUCCCCGUGUCUUCACUUGUCAGCAUCUGCGUCAACAGUUCUUCUCCCACCAGGGCAUCCGAACCGGCGUAUCUAUAUCUCAAAAUCCAUAACCAUGUGAAGCCUGCGGCCACAGAAGAACUCAGCCUCAAAGUUGUGAGCGAUGUGGAGCCCCGGUUGCAGCUUGAGUGGACACAACCAGUUGGGAGGGUACCCGGUCACUGUCUGCAAUGGGAGGUGGAGCAUAGCUCAGAUAGAUCCAACGGCAGCCAACCGAGGACAAAGGGGACCGUAACCACGGAAACAAGCCUGAGGAUGCCGCUCCCAUCUGAUGCAGAGAGGUUUUGCUACAGGAUUCGCUCGAAACUCGCUGACUGCUGUGCCAAACAUGGAAUUUGGAGUGACUGGAGUCACUGGGAAUGUUACUUUCCUGCCAAACGAUGAUUAGUUCAUGCAGGAAUGGCUAUCUUAUACGUUGUUCAUAUAUAACUUAUACUUACUUAUAGCUGGACAUUUUGAAAUGCACACAUGCGGAGGAAAAUCCUUGUGUGUGCAUGUUUUUGUGUGUGUAUGUCUGUGUGUGUGCGUGAGCGUUUAAUUAACCACCUGCGUUGAAACAACGGCGCUGUGGCGCCAUCUAAUGGUUAGAGGCCAACAGGCCUCUCUCUCUCUCUAUUGAGCGCCGAUUGCACACAUUUAAUCCUGGCAAUUUAUCCUACGGUAGCCCAUUUUAUCGUGUACAUUCGUACUGAUCCUGGGCUUAUUAAAUAACUGUUUGUUUCCUUGGACAGAAACAGAUUUAAAUGUUGUUUUAGGAAAGCUUUCUGUCCCAGGGCAUUUGAACCUGCAAACAAAUAUUAUUGAUCCGAAAAGAGAGCGAGACACUUUGAAAUGGAAUCAGAUGUGCCGCUGACGAUAACAAUUGAGACAGAUUAACAAAAAAAAAUGGAAGACUUUUGUACAAUUCAUUAAAACAUUUUUGAUCAAUAAAUAAUCACGCCUCUGAAUACAAACAUUCAUAAUUUGUGUGUUGUGUAAUUUGUAUAUAUGUAGCCUAUAGACCUACAUUUUCUGUGAGAGGUUCAAGUCACCGUGCAUGCAAAUCAACCCUUGUUAUGAUGUUUGCAUGCCAACAAAUACCCCUUCCGAUCAACGAUGCAAUGAAUGUAAAUCCACUGAAAAUA